CCUCUUCGGGUUAACCAACUAAUAUUCGAGCCUCCGGAAAGGCCAAGUUUGCCUUUUAUAUUAUUUUAUUUUAAACCGUUGAGGUUGGUCGGCAAUUUCCAUGCAAGCCGUGUUGACCAGCGCAGCCACAGCAACGACUCUCGCGUUUACUUCUAUUUCUCUCAUUUGCACCGUGGAAAAACACAAGAAGAAUGGAGGUGGAGAUAGUAAAGCCGCGUUCUGACAAGAGAGAGUACAGAAGGAUCGUCCUCAACAACAAUCUUCAAGUCCUUUUGAUCUCCGAUCCUGAUACUGAUAAGUGCGCUGCUUCAAUGGAUGUUGGCGUUGGCUACUUCAGCGACCCUGCUGGCCUCGAAGGACUCGCUCACUUUCUCGAACAUAUGUUGUUUUAUGCUAGUAAGAAAUAUCCACUAGAGGGUAGUUAUAUGAAGUACAUUACAGAGCAUGGAGGCCGAUGCAAUGCUUAUACAUCUUUCGAGCACACCAACUACCAUUUUGAUGUGAACACAGAUUCUUUUGAAGAGGCUUUGGACAGGUUUGCGCAGUUCUUUGUUGGACCAUUGUUGUCAGAUGAUGCAACCAUGAGGGAAAUAAAAGCUGUUGAUUCUGAGAAUCAGAAAAAUUUAUUGUCAGAUCAUUGGAGAAUGCACCAGCUUCAGAAACAUCUUAGUGAUGAAUACCACCCAUAUCAUAAAUUCAGUACAGGGAACUGGGAAUCUUUGGAAGUUCAACCCAAAGCACAAGGGGUGGAUACAAGACAAGAACUUCUUAAAUUCUAUGAACAGAAUUAUUCUGCCAACCUCAUGUCUCUGGUGAUAUAUGCAAAAGAAAGUCUUGAUGCAAUUCAAAGUCUCGUUGAGGACAAGUUCCAAGAAAUCCGAAGCAACAAUGGAAGCUGUAUUUCUUUUCCUGGUCAGCCUUGCACAUCCGAUCACUUACAGAUAUUGGUGAGAGCUGUCCCAAUAGAAAAAGGCCACAAAUUGAGAAUUGUAUGGCCAGUAACUCCGAGUAUUCUUCAUUACAAGGAAGGGCCAUGCAGGUAUUUGGGUUAUCUUAUUGGCCAUGAAGGAGAAGGAUCUUUGUUUUACGCCUUGAAAACAUUGGGAUGGGCUACAAGUUUGUUUGCAGGUGAAGAGGAAUGGAACCAAGAGUUUUCUUUCUUUAAAGUGAUAAUCGAUCUUACUGAUGAUGGUCAUGAACACAUGCAAGAUAUAGUAGGGCUGCUAUUCAAAUACAUAUACCUAUUACAACAGUCUGGUGUUUUUAAAUGGAUAUUUGACGAGCUUACCGGUAUUUGUGAAACAAAGUUUCAUUAUCAAGACAAAAUCAGUCCUCUCUAUUAUGCAAUUCAAAUUGCGUCAAAUAUGAAGUUAUAUCCUCCAAACGACUGGCUAGUGCAAUCAUCCAUGCCUUCUAAAUUCAGUCCAAGCACAAUCCAGUUAGUAUUGGAUCAGCUUUCUCCAAACAACAUGCGAAUCUUUUGGGAGUCGAAUAAAUUUGAAGGGCAAACUAACAAGGCAGAGCCAUGGUACAAAACCAGAUAUAGCAUUGAAAAGAUUACUGGCUCCAUUAUCCAGGGAUGGAUAUCUUCUGCCCCUAAUGUAAACCUACAUGUACCAACACCAAAUCUGUUCAUCCCUACUGACUUAUCAAUAAAUGAUGUGCAAGAGAAGGUUCAAUUCCCAGUGCUCUUAAGAAAUUCAUCAUAUUCAUCCUUAUGGUACAAGCCUGAUACAAUGUUCUCUACACCUAAGGCAUAUGUCAAGAUAGAUUUCAAUUGCCCCCAUGCUAAGAGCUCUCCUGAGGCUGACAUUCUCACCAACCUCUUUACUCGAUUGUUAAAGGAUUACUUGAAUGAUUAUGCUUACUACGCACGUGUUGCUGGUCUACAUUAUCACAUAAACAUGGCAGAUAGUGGUUUUCAGGUGACUGUGACUGGUUAUAAUCACAAAUUGAAGAUGCUGCUGGAAACUGUCAUCGAUAAAAUUUCAAAAUUUACUGUAAAUCCUGACAGGUUUGCUGUGGUUAAGGAAAUGUUAACAAAGACGUAUGAAAAUCACAAGUUUGAACAACCCAAUCAGCAAGCUGCAUACUAUUGCUCAUUAGUCCUACGGGACCAAAAAUGGCCCUGGAUGGAAAAACUAGAAAUUCUUCCUCAUCUUGAGGCUGAAGAUCUUGCAAAGUUUACUCCAAUGAUGCUCUCAAGGGCCUUUCUAGAAUGCUACAUAGCAGGUAAUGUUGAAUGCAGCAAGGCAGAAUCUAUAAUUCAAUACGUUGAAGAUGUUUUCUUCAAGGGUCCAGACCCUAUAUCCCAACCUUUAUUCCCAUCCCAGCAUUUGACUAAUAGGGUUGUCAAGCUUGAAAAGGGUAAAAGUUAUUUCUACCCUAUCAAAGGCUUAAAUCCAUGCAAUGAGAACUCUGCUUUAGUGCACUAUAUUCAGGUUCAUCAAGAUGAAUUUGUGCUGAAUGUGAAGCUUCAGCUUUUUACUCUUAUUGCAAAGCAAGCAGCCUUCCACCAGCUAAGAACAGUUGAACAACUUGGGUACAUUACUAUCCUUGGGAAAAGAAAUGACUAUGGCAUUCAUGGAUUACAGUUUACCAUCCAAUCUUCCGUCAAGGGUCCUGCAAAUGUUGAUUUGAGAGUCGAAGCAUUCCUCAAGAUGUUCGAAAAUAAAGUUCAUGAGAUGACUGAUGACGAGUUCAAGAGCAAUGUUAAGGCAUUGAUUGAUGUGAAACUUGAGAAGCACAAGAAUUUAUGGGAAGAAUCUGGAUUUUACUGGCACGAGAUCUUUUCUGGGACUCUGAAGUUUGACCGCAGAGAAUCUGAGGUUGCAGCACUUAGGCAGCUUACAAAACAGGAAUUUAUAGAUUUCUUUGAUGAAUAUAUAAGCAUCGGUGCGCCUCAAAGGAGGACAUUAAGCAUACAUGUUUAUGGAAGCCUACAUCAACUUGAGUACACAACAGAUAUCAGUGAGCCAACUCAACCCAACUCAUCCCGAAUAGAUGAUAUUUUCAGUUUCAGAAGAUCACAGGCUCUUUACAGUUCAUUCAGAGGAAGUUUUGCUCGUACGAAGUUGUAACUUGUAAGGGUUAAACCUUGUAAUUCCUUUUACCAAAACCAUUGAUGAAUCAAAUAAUACUUUUCCAUGUCAUGUAAAAAAUUGUGGCAAGAAGUGUAAUAUCAGAACAGCAAGCAUUAUGGACCUGAGUGACGUUUCCUAAAUGUAAAUGGGAAAAUAAUGAGUGCCAACUUUGGAGAAAUUAUACAUUUUAGUUGCAGUUUAUUUUUUUAACAAAAGGUCUCCAAACUGUUCAAGUA